GCCGUCCAUUCAACCCCGCGACAGUCGACAUGCCUGGCGAAUAUACUUGCGGACGCUGUCUGCAGGUCCUCCAGCGAAGGAUUUCUAUUCAAAGUUCUACGUUUCGAUUGCAAACUGUGGUCAAUUCGCCGGGUCCACGCAACUCUCCCUCUUCUUUCUCCCGAAGGUUUAGUUCGCAGAGCAACCAUCGCUUUCCACCCCAAUCCUCCCAGGGGCAAUUGAAACGGACAUCGUGCCCAUCCUUGUCGCCUUCGUCUGCUGCGUCUCCAACUGCAAAGCAGCUAACGCACCGAGCCUCGUCCACCUCGUCGAGCCAAGCGCAGGAGUCAAGAACUUUGCUGAAACCAAACAACCUCUUUCACCCUUUCUCGAAAUCCCCUGCACCCGCGAUUAGACAGCGUGCGGCGUUCAUCAAACAGAAUGCUUUUUGUCCGCAUCCCAGUCAUCAACAAACCCGUGCAGCGCUCUCGCCUCACGAUCCUGAAUCUCGGAAGAGCCCCGAAAGCGCACUGCCUCCGGCCCACUCUCACUUUGAGUGCCCCGAUUGUGGCGUUCCCAUCUACUGUUCUGAGGGACACUGGAUGGAUGAUUUCGAGGCGCACCUGGAGAUCUGUGACACCAUCAGACAAAUCAACGAGGAUGACCACGACCUUCAUUCGGGGCGUUUUUUCCCCGAGUUCACCUACCCAGGGCUGCAGGACGACAACUUUGUCAUUAACAUGACCAAUUGGGACACUUUCCUUUAUACACGGGAAUUUGAUGCGAUCAAUCAUGACCGAAGCAUGCGACAAGUGACCAGAAUGCUUACAUACCCGCUGACGAUCGGAAGUGUUCUGCAUGAGCUGAGUCCUUACAGCGUUCGAAAGGGAGGCCGACUGACUACCGAAGGGCUCAAGAGCGUUAGCGCUCUUCGAUACACCUUGCACCCUCCAAAGACAGGAGAGGGUGUCGAUAUCCAAGGUCUGCGCCUGAAGGCACCCCCAGUUCGAGUAUUCAUCCUCGGUGCGCGGGCGGAAUCAUCCCUUCCCCGUGAUGUCUGGCUGCAAUUGAGCUACAUUUUCCCGCGGUCCUUGAUACACUUGAUUUUCAUUGGACCUGAGAGUAUGGCCAACCGUGACGACGAGUUCCCACUUCCCGAGCGGACCCCUGAGAAUCCGUUUGGGGGCAUUGUGGAGGAUCGACUCGGUGGCCAGUUGAAGAUCACAACGUACGUUGACUACUUCCACACCAUGUACAAAGCGCAGUAUUUCCAGCCGUUUGAUCCCUAUCUGGACUGCUUUGUGCUUUUCCAUCCGGGCCUCGGGCACCCUGCGAGCUCUCAUGAGUGGGAAGAAACUCUGCCACAGCUUUUGGAGACCAAGGUCCCCAUCAUUACCACUGGGUACACACAGUGGGACAUGGAGAGGGAUAUCAACUGGGUUCGCGAGAAAUGCGCUGGUGAGUUUGACAUACUCCUUGAGCCCGGCGAGAAUAUCUUCCGUAGUCUGCGUUGGGAUUUGAACGACCUGGACCCUCACGAUGUUUCUUGCGGAAAUUGGGGCCUGUGGGCAUUCAGAGGAAAGAGGUACGAAGCUACCUACAGGGACUCAUAAGAUGCUGCGAGCGUCUGCAGCGCUGAUGUAUAUUCUUGUACAUUGUAACAUAAUAAUAUGCAUUCCUCUCCUUCCU